CCAUUUUGGGCGGCCCCAUCCAAAGCCGAAGAUAAAUUUCUUUUAUCAUACCUCCCUUUAUCACCCUCAUAAAUUCAACAAGCCAUCAGCAGGAAGCCAACAUCUACCUAGCCAUCGCCAUCACAUCAACAUCAACAACAAGCAAGUACUAGCUAGUAUGUUCGACCUCACAAGCCGAGAUGGAGCGCCAGCACGCUCAAGACAUGGACCGUAUCAAGGCCCAGCGGAAACGCGACAAGGCGGAAGCCAUUGAAAAAGAUCGUCGCCACAUAGAGAAGAUGGAGGAGUUGGAUCGUUGCCACAAACAGGAACGCCAACGUUGCCACAAGGAGGUCGAGACCAAGCGGAUCGAAACGGAGGAACAGCUCAAGGCCUUCAAGAUCAAAGCAGAGGAAUUGGCCAAGAUCAUUCUUGAAAACUAGACACCCAUCCAACAGAGUGUCACUAAGACCUUUUUCGAGAACAAUCCAGAAUUACAGCCAUGGCAGGAGCUCACUGCAGGACUUCAGGAGAUCUGUGCAGGACUUCAGCAACAAAAUGCACAACUCCUGCAACUAUAUGUACUAUUCCGGCAACUCCAUGCAGCCGUCCAAGAGCAUGAGUAAGUUGCCUCCCAACAAGAAACUCCUCCUGCUGAAGACCCCCGAGCCGUCCAGGAGCAUGCGGGAACCUCUACGUGAUUGAAUGAGGAAAACCGGAUCUUUGUGAUACGCUCUACAGGUGGUAAGCUCUACCGGUACUGAUUGAUCCAUAGGUACCAAACAGUAGCAGCAUUUGAAAUUGAGAACAGAAUUGAUUGGUUGACUUUUGUCACUAUAACCAACCUAUUUGUGUACACUGUUGAAAAAGUAUUUCUUCUAGCUAGA